GCGAAUGUACAUUUGUUUAGAAGCCAAACUUAUUUUAGGAUCGCUACAGAUUAAAUAUAACCAUUAUAAUGUCUGAUAAUGGACCGGCAAUACGAAUACCUUGGGUUGAGAAGUAUCGGCCCAACAACUUGGAAGACUUGAUAUCACACGAGGAAAUUGUAUCGACAAUUAAUCGAUUCAUUGGCCAGAAGCAGCUGCCACACUUGCUCUUCUAUGGCCCGCCCGGAACAGGCAAGACUAGUACCAUUUUAGCCUGUGCCCGGCAGCUCUAUACUCCGGCCCAGUUCAAGUCAAUGGUUUUGGAGUUAAAUGCAUCCGAUGAUCGCGGCAUUGGCAUUGUGCGGGGUCAGAUAUUGAAUUUUGCUUCCACAAGAACCAUAUUCUGCGGAACUUUCAAACUCAUCAUAUUGGACGAGGCAGAUGCAAUGACAAAUGAUGCACAAAAUGCACUCAGACGUAUCAUUGAGAAAUACACGGAGAAUGUUCGCUUCUGUGUUAUCUGUAAUUAUCUCAGCAAAAUAAUACCAGCGUUGCAGUCACGUUGCACCCGCUUCAGAUUUGCGCCACUGUCUCCAGAACAAAUGUUGCCCCGGCUUGACAAAAUUGUCGAAGCCGAGGCAGUGACUAUCACGGAUGAUGGAAAGAAAGCCUUAUUGACACUUGCCAAGGGAGACAUGCGAAAAGUGUUGAACGUUCUACAGAGUACUGUAAUGGCAUUUAACGAAGUCAAUGAAAACAAUGUCUAUAUGUGUGUGGGCUAUCCGUUAAAACAAGACACUGAGCAGAUAUUAAAUGCCUUACUCUCUGGAGAGUCGUUUAAGGCAGCUUUUAAAACAAUUGAAGAUGCGAAAUCUCGGCGCGGUCUUGCCCUGGAGGACAUUCUGACUGAACUACAUUUGUUUGUUAUGAGACUGGAAUUACCUAUGUCUGUUAUGAAUAAACUGAUCAUUAAAUUGGCCCAAAUAGAGGAACGUCUAUCCAAAGGAUGCACUGAAGGUGCACAAAUAGCGGCGCUGGUCUCUGCCUUCUUCAUAUGUCGUGAUAUGGUUUCCUUAGAAAGAUAGUAUUUGUAUUUUAUAAUGGAAUUAAAAUAAUAAAACUCA